CAAAACUUAAAAGAAAAAAAACUCCUUUCCUUUUUACUCAAACUUUAUUGAUUAAAAUUAACAUUUGUCUUGAUCACUAAGUUUCUGCCUCUUGCUAUGGAUCCGAGACUUGAACAUGCUGCUGAAUCUGGAAGCAUUGAUGAGUUAUACGCUCUCAUUGAUGAGAAUCCCUACAUACUUGCCAACAUCGAUGCUGUGCCAUUUAUCAACACUCCCCUCCACGUAGCUGCAGCUGCCGGGAAGCUAGAGUUUGCCAUGGAGAUGUUGCAUCUUAAGCCAUCUCUUGCCAGAAAGCUGAACACAAGCGGGUACAGUCCAUUGCAUCUCGCUGUAGACAAGGGUCACACAGAUUUUGUUUCCUGGAUGCUCAAGCAUGAUCACAGCCUUGCUUGCGUGAAAGGGAGAAAUGGCAUGACGCCAUUCCACGUUCUAGUGGUAAGAGGAAGAAACGUGGAUCUCGUGGCAGAGUGCCUCCUUGUUUCCCCUGAAUGUAUCCUAGAUAUGAGUGUGAAUGGCCAGACUGCUCUGCACCUUGCUGUGGUGAAUGAUAGAUUUGAAGCUCUCCAAGUCCUUACCGGAUGGAUCCAGAGAACGAGCCAAAGAAACGCUUUUACGACCGAGAAAGGUUUUCUGAAUAAAACGGAUUUCAGCCACAACACGGCCUUGCACCUAGCAGCAUAUAAGAAUGAUCUUCAGGCGGUAAGACUAUUACUAGAGUGUCGGUUGGUGGAGCGGAAUAAAGUCAAUGGUGAUGGUUUAACAUUCCUUGAUAUCUUAAGAAACCUGCAGAGUCACUGUGACUUGGAUUUGGAAAAAGUUAUUCUAAAGACACGGUGUAAAGAGGCUGCUUCUAUCCCAAAACCCAAGGCAGUGUCUGAAUUUUUAAAAUCGCCAUUGAAUCUUGCCACAUACAGCUCCACUAUCACCAACCGCUUAAGGAGUAACACUUCAGAAGAAGCUCGUGGAGCUUUUCUGAUUGUAUUCACUUUGAUAAUAACAGCCACAUUUCAGACUGCCCUCCAGCCUCCUGGAGGUGGAGGACAAUCCAAGGAUCCAAGGAUAAAACGGGCAUUCUUCAUACUGCUUUGGUUUUUUAACACCGCAGGCUUCAACUGCGCCCUAUUCAACACUUUUUGUCUCUUACCACUUAGGCGUCUGUUUACGUCAUGGUUCAUUUCAGUAGGGCUAGCUAUUGGAGUUUCGUAUGCACUAGCAGUGGCGGCUAACUCACCAGACCCUGUAUUUUUUUUCGUGAUGACCACUGUCAUCGUCCUGGUUUAUGUUCUCUAUCUCUUGUUGCUAGCUUUUCUUGGGCGGCGGCAGCAUCGGACUGUGGCGAGUGAGCCCAACUUGAGCUGGUUUAGAAGAUCUUGAAAUGAUAGGUUUGAUACCUCUGUAUAUGUAGAGGAGAUAUCUUUAAAAAAAACAAUGUGCAUGAUGCAACACUUCAACAGUUGACAUAUCUCCCAGAGUUACAAUGUAAUGUUAUAUACAGAAAUGUCACGAAAAGUUUUGGGAGACAAAUUUGUAAAUUGCCCCAGUAAAAAAAAGAGUUUAAUUAG